UUCCAACCAACCGACGAGACCACCGAAUUUUAAGAAGAAAGUGAUCGGAUGGAUGGUCGAGACCCUCGAUUGAUUAACGGUUCAUCGGCGUUUAAACAACAGGCUCUGAAAAAUGUACCCAUGUAAAGCUAAGGCCAAUCGGUUUUGAAUAGAUCGCUGCAUCUGGGUCUGAAGACGUAGCUCUGGCUCUGACUUUGUAUUUGGCUGCAUUGCCGCGAGGCGUUCCAUUUUUAUUUUAAACGAUUGGCCGGAUAACAAAGAAAGUGAGAUCAAGUCUGCGAGAUCGUGGCGAAAGAAAAAGAAGCUUCGCAUGUGUGCGUGGUUAAUUCGAAAGAAACUUUUUUGCUUUUGGCUGCGGAACUGACAAAUGUCAAAUACCAAUAGACCGUCGUGGAAUUAAGACGCGCCUGUCACCAAGCGGACUUCGAAAAUGACGAAAAUUGCCAUCAAAUUAGCCCCUCUUUUGGAGGUUAUAGUUUUAUUGAUAUUCCUAUCGGUCGAAGUGCAGUGCGAUGACAACGAUCUGAGACAAGCGCGCAUAAUGCAGUUUCUAAGUGAGCCCCAGCCACAUUUUAACCACAACCGACCUCCAGGUCCUGGACUUUUGCCCCGAAUAAGACCGCGAUCAGAUAACUUGGCUCUUCUUUCGGGCAGCCCCAGCGCCAAUAAAUUCCUGAGAUCUCCCCAACCUAAAACCGUUCAACAUAUCAUGCGCCGCGAGCAAUUCGGCAACUUUCCUCCGAUGGAUCAGACUAGAAGGUAUCAAUUCGACCAGAACCAGCCCGGAAGAUUCGCACAUGUGAAGGAUACUCCUGUCCUGGACGUGGGAAAGAACCAGUUUCCACCCCAAUAUUUCUCCGAGCAGUAUAUACAAAACUUGAAGUCCUCACCGCGCUUCAACGGCAAUGUGAUAAUGAAGGAUCAUAAGCCAGUAUAUGCACCAAUCCAGCAGCAUGCGAUUCCAGUUCAGGCAUCUCAGUACCUGCAUUACCCCAAGCUAUUCGAACAGCAGGCUGCCAGUUUCAGUCUGGUGCCCUCACAGCAAACCGCGCUUCAGAAUAAUCAGUUCCCGCAGGAAGCGAACAGUUACUCGGUUUACGAGGAAUCCGAUAGUCUUCCGAAACAGGGGGUCAACCAAGGGGUUAACUAUCGCCAGGCCGUGCCGCCCGCGAAAGAGUCGAAGGAGGCGCAGGACUACCUACAGUUCAUGAGUACCAACGAAUAUUUCCUGCCGAAGAGGGAUCCUGACUACAAGAAGUUGGAUGUUGAGCGAGAUCAGCAAAAGCAGCUUUACCAAUAUCCACAGCAAUACAAUCAGCAUCACCAACAACAACUCCAGCAAACACAGCAACCACAGCAACACCAGCAUCUUCAGCACCAGCAGCCGCAGCAACAUCAGCCGCAGCAGCAUCAACCUCUGAAGCAAAUUCUUCCCUAUAAAACUGCUGGUCUAGACAACACUGUCUCCUCCAGUUACAAUGAACCCAUACAAGUCUCCGAUUUGUUCUACCAGCAAGAUCCCGCACCGGCGAACUCCGCUGUAGUUCGCGGCAGUUACCAGGCUGGCCAAGAUGUUUUUGUGGUCAAAUCCGACGGCAACAAGGCGGUCAAGCAUGUAGUCUCCACUCCCAUGUCGGUCCAAACAUCUACUCAAACCCCGCCUAAGAGCCACCACCUUGCCAAGAGCCACAAGAGCUUCACGCCAGAGCCCCUUCGAUUUGAGUUCACUGAACAGGAUGCAAUCAGGGGAUCCAUGAAGUACACCACAUCCCCACAAGCGAAUCAGUACUACUACGACACGGUGGCCCAACCCGCCCGCGAGCCCGUUAAAUCUCCUGCUCCGAUCCUCGAACUCAGCAAGCCCAUCAAAGAAUACAGUGACGAUCCAGAAGAUAGUGCAGAUACGGAAAGUGGAAAACAGCAAGAGGAUUCGAAGGUGCUAACUGGGACUAGUUCAGCGACUCCAGACAGUCCAAAGGAUACGGAAAGUUACUGCGAGAAGGUGUGCGCUAAUGUGUAUGAUGAGAACGAUGAGAUAAUUUGUGGAUCCGAUGGGUACAUGUACACGGGCGAGACUCAACUUCAGUGUUACUCAACCUGCCUUAAUAUAAGUGUGACGAUUAAGAGUAAAGGACAAUGCUCAUAAAGUA